AUGGCGGAAAAUCAUUCCACACACCGUCUUUCUCGUCUCCAGGUUCUCCAAAUGGAGGACCUCGGCCUUGCAAGACGGGAUUAUAUCUCAACGAGAGAGGCAGGUCGAAAACCCAUUGUUUCUCUGGACCAUUUGGAAGCAUGUAGGGCCUCGAAUAAAGAGGGAACGCAAUCCCAUCGGCUUGCCAUAGAGAACAAGGAUAAACUGAAGGCUUGGAAAGAAGCCUGGAAAACUUUAGGAGAUGCAACAGAAGGAGAAGACUUGGCUCCAAUACUUGAAGGCCAAAGCCACCGCUACAACUUGAUCGAAUCGAUUAAGGCAAACGGUGGGCAGAAAUAUGACGAAGAAAUAGACACAUCUGUGCAUCCACGCGGCAGGCGCGCCCUGGGAGCUCCUGGUAGUCGUGCCCGAGGUGGCGGCGUUAUUGGCACUCGUGGGCGCCAAUCAGCCUCGACCACUGACCGGGGUAAAAUUGCACCUAGUGCCUCUAGACGUCCAUUGGAUCCUGCGAAAAAUAUCAAUAAUCCACAAUCUCCUCCGAGGCGUGGAUCAAAACGCGGCGCUCAGAUACAUAGGCCCCCUCGGCCGGUGACGAUGAGACCUCGAGUGCCUAUCGUGUCACCUUUAAGCAUGAGAAAGCAAAAUAUAAUUUUAGCAGACUCCACUUCUUUUAUGGCUGCCGUUUCGAAUCUUCAGACUGUGCGCACUGCUUUAAAGCCACUCAUUACCCCUGAGAAGCAUGCAGACACUUCAGUUAAUACAAGACUGGAAGAAAUCAUAGAUAAUAACAAUGCUAACCACAGCGUUAGCCCUAUUGAAGUCGCUGCAAACGAGUUGGAAGCAGAAUUUGUUGAUGCCGUGGAGAUCCCAACGACACCAGGAAAAACGGCGAUUCCGCCGCCUCAAAAUACAACACCAGAGCCCCAAACUUUGGUUCCACUUGAAGUAUUUGGGAGUCCUUCUGCUGAAGUUGAGAGCCAGACUAACUCUCGACAACGAAAGGUUGAUAAUGGUUUUAGCAGCAGCCUUCCACAACCGAACCUCUACCUACGUCGCAAUUUUCGGCCUGCAUCAGCCAAACAGGCAGAGCAAUGCAGCGAAUCGACGGUUACCUCAAGCCCGCUUUCUUUAGAAUCCAAGAACACGAAAGUUGUCAGCGUCAAUACAUUACGUGCGUCUAGUCUUUCUCCUGAUAGCAGAGCUUUGAGCGAAUCAGAGACAUUCACUAGUCCGGAGACUUUCGCAGAUGUAGCUGAGGUAAAUGUGGCGGGUGAAAUGUCGAAGAUGCAGCAGGAGUUGGAGGAGUUGAAGGAUAUGCUCUCGGGAACAGUGGCACUUGCACCCUCGAUCGUCAGGGUCUUAGAGAGUCGUAAGAAGGACCUCGAAGAGACGAUUUUUUUAAAGUCAACUCGCCCCUGCGCACCAGCAGAUACUCCUCAAUCUAAGAAAAAUGUUGAACAUGCCAGCAGCGGGUUUGAUAAGUCUAUUUCUAUUUUGGCACCAAAAGAUGACCCUGCACAGAUGGGCCUGGCCAUCAAGUCUCACCCAGAAGACAUAACUUCUGCAAUUCAAUCAAAAAUUCCUUACCAGCAUGACGAUCUUAAUGGCAAUGAACCCGAGCCGAGCCUGUCUGGAGAAUUCCGGAAACCACCCGUUCCCAAUGACGGGGGCAAUAUCAUUGGUAACCAUCUCCUCCCCGGCCGAACUCGCUUGUUCGAGCCCAUGUCUCCUCCCUUAAUCUCUGAAAGGCCAAAUAAGGGGAAGGCUGUGGUUAAAGAUGAAAAGGCCAAGGUGAACAAUUCCUCUAAAUUAGCGAGUUCAAACCCUCCCGGUUCAACAGCCGUGGCAGCUCGCACGACUGAACCAGCUCCACCCCCGCAAUAUGGCUCUCAACUGCAGAUGCGCGAGACACCUUUUAUUCCCCAGACCGCAGCUGCCAUGCAGUAUGGUGGCCAGUCUUCUCAAACUAGUCCUUCUCGCUCCUCUAGGCAACAUGUCCCCGCUCGCGUUCCUGAGCCCGCGCCGCCUCGCAUUAGAGGCCGCGGUGCUCAUCGUGAACAAUGCACCGAUUCCUCCAAUGAAGGUCGUUUAACACCACCAUAUCACCCAACUCGAGUUCCCACUCCGAUGCCUUCUUCUCAUUCCCGUUUGUCCCAGUCGGAAAUUAACAUAAAGAAACCUGAACCUGUGCAAGCUCAGCUACCUCCUGGCCCACGAAGUAAUAUCUCAGCGCCAAGUUGCACUGAUAAUGGAAGCCGCCCACAGACAGAAAGAAAGAAAAAGCAGCCAGAAGGCCUUGGGGCUUCGCGAUGGGCAUCAGAAGACGACAAACAAGAGCCCAAGAAAGCAGCCUCUUCUGGUCUGGCGGCGUCUAGAUGGGCGCACUAA